AUGGAUAGAUUAUCACUUUUUCUUAGCGAAGAUGAAGAAGAAAAUGAAGAAACAAAAAAUAAUACACAAAAUAUAAAUGAUAAUAGUAAAAACAAUCUAUAUAAUGCUUUUAUAAAUAACAAUUACAAUAAUAACAAUAUCAGUGAUCAACAACCAAUAAUAUCUACACCUCAACAACAACAACUGCAACAACAACAACAACAGCAAAAAAUAAAUUCACCGAUUAAGAAUUCUAAAAAAGAUAUAGAUGAUAAUGAUAUUAUUAAAGCAUUUAAAGAUAAUAAAAUUAAUGUUAGAAAUCAAAAUCAAAAUCAAAUCAAUGACUAUAAAUAUCAAAAAACAGUACCAUUCACUACAUUUUGUAAUUUAUUAGACAAGAUUAUCAACGAUACCAAAAUUAGUAAUAAAAAGAAAUAUCUAUCAAUAUUUUUCUCAAAGUAUAAAGAGGAACCAAAUAAUUAUUUUCAAUUGUUAAGAUUACUGUUACCUCAUAUGGACCGUGAUAGAAAUACUUAUGGUAUUAAAGAAAAGACUCUAGCAAGGCUUUAUGUAGAACUUUUAAAUAUAUCUGUAGAGAGUCAAGAUGCAACAAGAUUAUUAAACUGGAGGAAAUCGACCAAUGCUGAUGAAAUUGGUGGUGAUUUUGGAAGUGCCAUAUACCUAUCUUUAAAGAACAGAUGUCUAGAAAAAGGAAUUUUGUCAAUGGGUGAUAUUAAUGAAGCUCUUGAUAGACUAAAUCAAGUUGACGACAAUAAAUCAAAGGCAUUAAUAUUGAAAAAAGUAUUACGUUCAAGUACUGCACAGGAACAAAAGUGGUUUGUUAGAUUAAUUUUAAAAGAAAUGAAAAUGGGUUUAAAUGAAAAGACAGCACUAAAAUUUUUUCAUCCAUCAGCCAUGGACCAUCUUAGUAUCACUUCAAAUUUAAGACUAGUAUGCAGCAAUUUAUUUUAUAUGUCUCCUGAAGAACAAAAGAAAUUAAAGGAUGAACAAAAACCAGUAACCUCAAAUGCAACCGUAUUAGAUAUUCAUAAUUUAAAAAUUGAAACAUUCAAUGCAAUUAGACCAAUGCUAGCUGAUAGAAAGCCUAUAGAUUAUUUGUUUUCGAUUUUAGACAAUAACCCCUAUCAUGUUCCAUCUAGCAACGGUCUUGGCCCGUCCACUACAUCAUAUAUAAUCGAAAAAAAAUAUGAUGGGGAAAGAACCCAAAUUCACAAAGAUGGCAAUGAUAUUAGAUUCUAUUCAAGAAAUACAAAUGAUACAACGUUUAUCUAUGGGUCACUGUUAUUACCGAUUGUUAAAGAAUGUGUUCUAGCAGAUAAGUGUAUACUAGAUGGUGAAUUAAUCGUAUGGGAUACAGUUACACAAAGAUUUGAGGAUUUUGGUAAACUUAAAACAUUAGCUUUAAACAAAGAUGGUAUUUCAGGUAGUGGAGACCCAUUGGGCGCAAAUUAUGGCAAACAGCUAUGCUAUAUUGCUUUUGAUAUUCUCUUUGUUAAAGAUAAAAGUGUCAUGCCCCUGCCAUUAGCCCAACGUACAAUGCUUUUAAAGAGAUGUAUUAAUGUAAAAGAUAAACAAUUCGAAAUCAGUGAACAAACUCCAGUAUCAACAGUACAAGAAGUAUUGGGUCAAUUAGAUGCAGCAAUUAUGAAUAGAGAGGAGGGUUUAAUGCUUAAAGAUUUAAACUCGUUCUAUGUACCAGCAGAAAGAAAAGAAAAAUGGAUUAAAAUCAAACCAGAGUAUUUAGAUGGUAUGGGUGAUGAUUUUGAUCUUGUUAUUAUUGGUGGCUAUUAUGGAAGUGGUAUAAAUAGAAGAGGCGGCACAAUUUCUCAUUUCAUGUUGGGUGUAGCAUACUGUCCAGAUGAUGUAGUGGACGAAGAGUCUCUUCAAGAAAAAGUUGUAUUUUAUUCUUUUUGCAAAGUUGGCUCUGGUUAUACUGACGAGCAACUAAAAAUACUUCAAAAGGAGCUGGAUCCCCAUUGGAGCCCAUUUAAUACAAAUAAACCACCAUCCUGUAUUCAAUUAGCGGAACCAUUUAAAGAAAAACCCGACGUAUGGAUUGAUCCAAGAAAGUUUUCAAAGGUAGUCCAAAUAAAAGCGGCCCAAUUAAAUCCAACUGAAAAAUAUAAAGCAGGCUAUACUUUAAGAUUCCCUAGAGUUUUAAAAAUACGUGACGAUAAAUCAUGGCAAGAUUGUUCAACUUUUUCAGAUAUUUUAGAACUUUAUAAAAACUUUCAAAAUAAUGACUUUAAAUUUAAAACCUUAUUAAAUAAUAAUAGUAUCAAAACAACGACUCAAAAGAAAAGGAAAUUAGAAAUUAAUGGUAUUAGUGAAGCAGGAUCUGGUCCAGGAAAAUUAAAGGUAUUAUCAAUAUUUCAAGACACCGACACUUCAAAUAUUGUUCCAAUCCAAAAUAUAUUUCAAGGUCUCGAGUUUUGUGUUAUAAAGGGUAACCAACAAUAUACAAAAUCGAAAUUAGAAAUUAUGAUAGUGGAAUUGGGUGGUACAAAAGUUCAAAAUCCUUCAAAAAACAAUACACACUAUGUAAUAGGAUCAAAAGAAGUGGUUAAAAUUCAAAAUUUAAUUUCAUCUGGUUUCUUUGAUAUAGUAUUAUUUCAAUGGGUCGUAGAUUGCUACAAUGAACAGAAAUUAAUACCAUUAGGUCCAAAAUAUAUGAUAUUUACUACAGAAUCCACAAAAAAGAAAUUUUUAUUAGAAUCUGAUCCUUUUGGCGACUCUUAUUUUAACGAAACAAAUUUUAGUGAACUAAAAGAUUGUUUUAAUCAAGUCGAUAAAGAAAAUUGCAAUCAUAGUAAUAGUACCAAUAUCAAUAAUAAUAAACAAAUAAUAAAAGGUAAUAAAAAUCAAAAGUUAUUAAAUAAUGAACAAUUUAGCAUAGACAAAUCAAUUAUUGAAUUAAAAUAUUUUUCAAAAAAUUGCUGGUGGACGCUGUUUAAACCAAAUGUAUUUUAUUUAGAUAGAUAUCAAGUUAUAGGAGAACCUUCAACCCUUAUUGAAAAUAAUAAUUUAGAACUAUCAAGCCUAUAUAUUGAGUUUUAUGGUGGUACAGUUUCAUUGCAAUUAAAUGAUACAGUGACCCAUGUUGUCAUAGACCAAUCUGAUCAAUCUAGAAUCCCAUUCAUUAAUAACAAAAUUAACUCAAUUAAAAAACUAAACCAAAUUGAAAUUAUAAACCCAAAUUGGAUAAAAAAUUUAAUUGACAACAUAAAAUAAUCAUACAACUCCCACAAAAUAUAGAAACUGUAAAAUCAAAAAAAAAAAAUUUAAUUUUGGUGGGUGAAAAAUAGAAUAUUAAUGGGGCAACAUUUAAAAAAGCAAAUAAAACUAAAUCUUUUUUGUACAU